GCCAGCUUACUUCUUGUUUGUUUCUCUUCCAAAAGCAAGGAUCGACAUGGAAUCUGUCCAACAUGACCAACCAGUCAGUGGUAAUCCCGACACAAUUAAUGCCGGGGAACAUGUCUUCAUCAAAAUGCCUAGUGACAAUGUCAAAUGCAUUGUUCUAAAGCCUAAUAGCAAUGUGUCGCUUGGGAAGUUUGGAACAUUUAAGGCCAAUGACAUUAUUGGCCGUGCUUGGGGCAAUACUUAUGAGAUUUAUGACAAGGACAACAAGACUCGCAUCUAUCACUUGGAUGAGAUCAACGAAGUCGAAGAGACGAAGAAUAACAAUCGUGAAAUCAUCGAUGACAGUUCUGCACAAAAGCUGACGCUGGAAGACAUUAGAGCACUCAAGAAUGAAGGACUUAAAGGAGAGCUCACAGGAGAGGAAAUCGUUAAUAAGUUGAAAGAGAGUCAUAGUGCGUUUGACAAGAAAACAGCAUAUUCUCAGGCAAAAUACCUCCAGAAGAAAGGCAAAAAGUUUCACAAAAUAUUCACUCCAAUCAAACCCACUACUUAUUUUGUCAACGAGUAUUUCUAUACCAAAAAUCCAGUCAAAAUCAGGGAUAUCCGUAUGGACACACUCUCGCAGCUACUUUCAUACUCUAACGUGCAUUCUGGAUGCAAAAUCUUGGUUGUCGAUGAUACCCAGGGAAUGAUCGUUUCGGCUCUUGCAGAACGCAUGGGAGGCCAAGGCACAAUCCUUGGACUGUAUGAUGGCGAUAAUCCACACUAUGAUGUAGUCAAGUACAUGAAUUUCAAUCAGGAGAUUCUAGAUUCAAUCAAGGUGUUGUCUUGGCUCCGUAUCCACCGCCCAGCAGACGAAAAGACUCCGGAUGAGCUCCAAGAUGUAACGCAGUUGUCUGGAAAGGAUUUGGAGGGCUAUCACCGUCGUGUUAAAGCUUACAAGAUUGUUGAGGAAUCGCGCCAAAUUUUGUUUGAAAGUAAUUUUGAUGCUCUGAUUGUUGCUUCCCAAUACAAGCCAGAGUCAAUUCUUGAGAAGCUAUUGCAAUAUGUACGAGGAUCUAGACCCGUUAUCGUUUACCAUCCACACAAGGAGGCUCUAUUGGAGACUAGCACUUGGAUGCGCAGGUGCCCUGAUCUUUUAGCUCCCCAACUGACAGAGAGUUGGCUUAGGAAAUCACAAGUUCUUCCUGGACGGACACAUCCUGAGAUGUCAACGUGGGGCUCUGGAGGCAGUUUGCUAUCAGCAACGAAGAUUAUUAAUAAGCCCGUCCAGGCAGCGUUGACAAAGCGCGAGCGACUAGCUCAGGAAAAGAGGAACGCAGAAGCAAAGAAACUUAAAAGGACACAUGGGGAGACUGAAAAGGCGGAAACAGUUGUUAUUACAGAAUUAAUCACCACGACCACAACAACUACCACCACAGUUUCUACACAAGAUUCUGUUGGACCACCAUCAGCAGUACCAGUAGUGUUGGAAGGGGAUAAAGAAACGGAAGAUGAGCGAUUGGUAAAGCGUGUCAAGCAAGAAUAAAA